CGCCUCCCGAGGCCCCUCCCGGCCGGCCGGCUCUACACCCUCCCCGCCUCCGGCUGGCGCACGUCCCGGCCCGGCCGAGCACGGUCCCGGCCCCGAGGGGGGCCGAGCUCCAGGCGAAAACCCGCCCUCCAGCGAGCUCAUUUCCCUAAAGAGGGGGAGAGGGAGGGAGGGAGAGAAGGAAAGAGACGGAAAGAAGGGAAGGGAGAGCGGAGAAGCCGGGCCGGAGAGGGGGCGGGAGACAGGAAGGAGGGAGGGCGAGGAGAGGGAAGGGGAAGAGGUAGGGAGAGCGCGGGGGGAGAGCGGGCGGCCGGGAGCGCCCUCCCCUCGCCGCCAGUCCUCCGCUUCCCCUCUCGUCCGCUCCCGCGUCCGGGCGCGACCCGCCGCCGCCGCCGCCGCCACCGCCGCCACCGCGUCCGCCGCCGCCGCGCCCGCCAGCAUGCCCGGCGUGGCCCGCCCGCCGCUGCCGCUGCUGCUCUGGCUGCUCCUGCUCGCGCGCCCGGGCCGGCAGCUCGACUUGGCCGACUACACCUAUGACCUGGGGGAGGAGGACGACGCGGAGCCCCUCAACUACAAAGACCCCUGCAAGGCGGCUGCCUUCCUUGGGGACAUCGCCCUUGAUGAGGAGGACUUGAGGGCCUUCCAGGUGCAGCAGGCUGCGGAUCUCAGACAGCGUGCCACCAGCAGGUCUUCCAUCAAAGCUGCAGGAAACUCUUCCACCCUCAACUGUCAGAGCACUAGUGGGCAGCCGCAGAGGAAAAGUCACGGGAGAUGGAGAAGCAGGUCCCGGAGCCGGAGGGCAGCAACGUCUAGACCAGAGCGCGUGUGGCCCGAUGGGGUCAUCCCCUUUGUCAUUGGAGGAAACUUCACUGGCAGCCAGAGGGCAGUCUUCCGGCAGGCCAUGAGGCACUGGGAGAAGCACACCUGUGUCACCUUCCUGGAGCGCACAGAUGAGGACAGCUAUAUCGUGUUCACCUAUCGACCCUGCGGGUGCUGCUCCUACGUGGGCCGCCGUGGUGGGGGCCCCCAGGCCAUCUCCAUCGGCAAGAACUGUGACAAGUUCGGCAUCGUGGUCCAUGAACUGGGUCAUGUCAUCGGCUUCUGGCACGAACACACGCGGCCUGACCGAGACCGCCACGUCUCCAUCGUGCGCGAGAACAUCCAGCCAGGGCAGGAGUAUAACUUCCUGAAGAUGGAGGUCCAGGAGGUGGAAUCCCUGGGGGAGACCUAUGAUUUUGACAGUAUCAUGCACUAUGCCCGGAACACAUUCUCCAGGGGCAUCUUCCUGGACACCAUCGUUCCCAAGUACGAGGUGAAUGGGGUGAAGCCUCCCAUCGGCCAGAGGACCCGGCUCAGCAAGGGGGACAUUGCCCAGGCCCGCAAGCUCUACAAGUGCCCAGCUUGCGGAGAGACCCUACAAGAUAGCACGGGCAACUUCUCCUCCCCCGAGUACCCCAACGGCUACUCCGCCCACAUGCACUGCGUAUGGCGCAUCUCAGUCACACCUGGGGAGAAGAUCAUCCUGAACUUCACGUCCAUGGACCUGUACCGCAGCCGCCUGUGCUGGUACGACUACGUGGAGGUCCGAGACGGCUUCUGGAGGAAGGCGCCCCUCCGAGGCCGCUUCUGCGGGGGCAAACUCCCGGAGCCCAUUGUCUCCACCGACAGCCGCCUCUGGGUUGAAUUCCGCAGCAGCAGCAACUGGGUCGGGAAAGGCUUCUUUGCGGUCUAUGAAGCCAUCUGUGGGGGAGAUGUGAAAAAGGACAACGGCCACAUCCAGUCGCCCAAUUACCCAGACGACUACCGGCCCAGCAAAGUCUGCAUCUGGAGGAUCCAGGUGUCCGAGGGCUUCCAUGUGGGCCUCACCUUCCAGUCCUUUGAGAUUGAGCGCCAUGACAGCUGUGCCUAUGACUAUCUGGAAGUGCGCGACGGACACAGCGAGAGCAGCACCCUCAUCGGGCGCUACUGCGGCUAUGAGAAGCCGGACGACAUCAAGAGCACGUCCAGCCGCCUCUGGCUCAAGUUCGUCUCUGAUGGGUCCAUUAACAAAGCUGGCUUCGCCGUCAACUUUUUCAAAGAGGUGGACGAGUGCUCUCGGCCCAACCGCGGGGGCUGUGAGCAGCGGUGUCUCAACACCCUGGGCAGUUACAAGUGCAGCUGCGACCCUGGGUAUGAGCUGGCCCCUGACAAGCGCCGCUGCGAGGCUGCCUGUGGUGGAUUCCUCACCAAGCUCAAUGGCUCCAUCACCAGCCCGGGCUGGCCCAAGGAGUACCCCCCUAACAAAAACUGCAUCUGGCAGCUGGUGGCGCCCACCCAGUACCGCAUCUCCCUGCAGUUUGACUUCUUCGAGACCGAGGGCAAUGAUGUGUGCAAGUACGACUUCGUGGAGGUGCGCAGCGGACUCACGGCCGACUCCAAGCUGCACGGCAAGUUCUGUGGCUCCGAGAAGCCCGAGGUCAUCACCUCCCAGUACAACAACAUGCGUGUGGAGUUCAAGUCCGACAACACAGUCUCCAAAAAGGGCUUCAAGGCCCACUUCUUCUCAGACAAGGACGAGUGCUCCAAGGAUAACGGCGGCUGCCAGCAAGACUGCGUCAACACCUUCGGCAGCUACGAGUGUCAGUGUCGCAGCGGCUUCGUCCUCCACGACAACAAGCACGACUGCAAGGAAGCCGGCUGUGACCACAAGGUGACAUCCACCAGCGGCACCAUCACCAGCCCCAACUGGCCUGACAAAUACCCCAGCAAGAAGGAGUGUACCUGGGCCAUCUCUAGCACCCCCGGGCACCGGGUCAAGCUGACCUUCACGGAGAUGGACAUUGAGUCCCAGCCUGAGUGUGCCUACGACCACCUGGAGGUGUACGACGGGCGUGACGCCAAGGCCCCCGUCCUGGGCCGCUUCUGCGGGAGCAAGAAGCCCGAGCCCGUCCUGGCCACGGGCAGCCGCAUGUUCCUGCGCUUCUACUCUGACAACUCCGUGCAGAGGAAGGGCUUCCAGGCGUCCCACUCCACAGAGUGUGGAGGCCAGGUGCAGGCAGAGGUGAAGACCAAGGACCUUUACUCCCACGCCCAGUUUGGCGAUAACAACUACCCCGGGGGCGUGGACUGCGAGUGGGUCAUCGUGGCCGAGGAAGGCUAUGGCGUGGAGCUGGUGUUCCAGACCUUCGAGGUGGAGGAGGAGGCCGACUGCGGCUACGAUUACAUGGAGCUCUUCGACGGCUACGACAGCACGGCCCCCAGACUGGGGCGCUACUGCGGCUCCGGGCCUCCCGAGGAGGUGUACUCGGCGGGAGAUUCUGUCCUGGUGAAAUUCCACUCGGAUGACACCAUUACCAAAAAAGGCUUCCACCUGCGAUACACCAGCACGAAGUUCCAGGACACGCUGCACAGCAGGAAGUGACCACUGCCCUCACACGGCGGGGACGGGAGGCCCGCUGCCCUCAGUCAACUGAGCCGGACAGCGGGGGCUGGGCAGAAGGCGGGACCCCGUCCCCGUCCCCCAGGUGCCAGGACCUGCGGGCCAAUGGUCCAGGUGAGGCAGGGCGCUGGACUCCUACAUGAGCCACUGCCCCACGAUCCCUUCCUCCCUUGCCCCCGCCAGGAGUGAAGGGCCAGGGCCAGGGAGCCAGAGCUUUCCCUGAGACACUUGAAGUGGCCAUUCCUCUCUGGGGGCCCAGCCCGGUGGGAAAGGGUCUGUCACCGGGACCCGCCCACCUUCCCUGCCCGUCUCUACACGCUGUAUUGUGUAUGGCCGGUGGCAUAUCUUCAUUGUAAUGUACAUUUCCCACCCCUUCUCCAACCCUGAUUUGGUUUUAUUUUAAGCCUCCACUUCCCCCUGUUUCCUGGGGCGUGAGUUUCCGUACAUGUCCCACAGGAGCCAGGGUGGGAGGAUGAAGGGGAGGGAGUGGGGCAGCAAGACAGGGCUUCUCUCAGGCCCAGUGGCUGGUCGGCCACACCAGGGCACCCCAGCCAAUAAACCGAAAGUGUUACAGCCAGUA